AUGGGGCAAUUUGUCUACACCAUUGCAGAGAAUGUCAUGAAUGGGCUAGCUUCCUAUGCUUACCAAGAAAUCUGCUUGGCGUGGGGUGUCACAGAUGAACUAAACAAGCUUAAGGACACCUUCUCAAGCAUCAAGUUAGUGAUCCUGGAUGCAGAGGAAAAGCAAAGGAAGGAACUCCGUCUGAGCCAAUGGCUAGGAAAGCUCAAAGAUGUUUGCUACGAUGUGGAUGACAUGCUUAACGACUUUGCAUUCAAAGAACUGCAGAUGCAAAUGCUGAUCCUCCGUGGGCGUGGGAGCAUCAAAGGACAGGUACGCAUAUUCUUUUCGUGUUGGAAUCCGGUCGUGUUUAACUUCAAAAUGGGUCAUAGAAUCAAGGAGAUUAGAGAAAGGUUAGAUGUAAUAGCAAAUGAAAAAUCUCAGUUUCCUCUAGUGGAGAGAGAUGAAGAUUGGCAGAGUCAGAGUGUGCACAUAAACAGGGAGACUCACUCUUUUGUGCAAGCCUAUGAUGUUAUCGGGAGAGAGGAUGAUAAGAAACAGAUUAUCAUCUAUCUCUUGAACUUGACCUUGAAGGAAAAGAGUCGUGAUGUCCAGGAAAAUGUUUCUGUUAUAUCGAUUACUGGAUUAGGAGGUAUAGGAAAGACUACCCUAGCUAAAUUGGUGUAUAAUGAUCAUAGGGUAGUUAAACACUUCGACAUGAGAAUGUGGGUAUGUGUUUCAGACCACUUUGAUAAUAAAAGACUGGUGCAUGAAAUCGUUGCUUCUGCAACUAACCAAAACUGUGGUCAUCAAGAAAGUUUUGAUAGUGUGCAGAAAAAGUUGCAAAGUGCUUUGAAAGAUAAACAAUUUUUAUUAGUGUUGGAUGAUGUUUGGGAUAAGGGUCAAAUUGGAGUAACAACUGCAAAAUGGAUUGAUUUAAAAGCUUUGUUAAAUGUUGGAGCAAACGGGAGUAAAGUCAUUGUCACAACGCGUAGCGAAUCGGGCAUUUGGUCGAAAAGGAGAGGAGCAGCGCUAUCCACACUGAUGGAAAUUGCACCUGGUAUUGUAGAGAAGUGCGAAGGGGUUCCUCUAGCCGUAACCACCCUGGGGAGCCUGCUGUAUUUGAAAAGGGAGAAACAUUUUUGGUCAGAAGUGAGAGACAAUGACAUAUGGAGAUUGCCACAGGGAAACGAUGACAUUCUACCUGCACUGCAAUUAAGCUACGAUGCAUUGCCAUCUUACUUGAAACCUUGUUUUGCCAUUUGUUCACUUUUCCCUAAGGAUUACGUUUUCCGAAGCACAGAUUUGGUGUCGUUGUGGAUGGCACAAGGCUUCAUUCAAUCCUCUAAAGGAAACCAGGAGUUGGAAGAGAUCGGCCUAGACUACAUAAGGCAAUUAUGCUCUAUAUCUUUAUUUCAAAUUGAUGAAGAUUCAAUUGAUUUUAUAGUAUUCAAAAUGCAUGCUCUUGUGCAUGAUUUAGCCAUGUCUGUGUCAGAAGAAGAGUGCUCAUCUGUAAACUUCCGUCCUACCUCUGAUAACUGUAAAAGGGUUCGACAGGUGUCGAUGUCGGAGGAUGACUUGCCCAUGAAGGGGGAACGAGUUCCCGAAUUCUUACGUCAGUUGAAGAAAGUGAGGACCAUUCUGUUUCCAGUUCCAGGGCAUGUAGGUAUCUCCAGCAAAUCUGUGUUGAAAGCAUGCAUCUUGAGAUUCAAGUACCUACGGGUGCUGGAUUUGAGUGGCUCAACUUUUGAGGUGUUACCGAGUUCCAUUGGUAAAUUGAGUCGCUUGAGAUAUCUCAACUUGUCGAAAAAUCCAUUCAUAAAGAAGCUUCCAGGUUCUAUUUGCAACCUGCUGAAUUUGCAGACCUUGCUGCUUUCAAACUGUGAGAAGCUCGGGGAGUUGCCCAGAGACAUCGGGAACCUGAUCAACCUCAGAACAUUGGUGUUAACCACAAAUCAGAUGGUUUUGGCAGGAUGCAUUGAACGCCUCACCUCUCUUCGAUUUUUACAGGUCCACAAUUGUAGCUAUCUUGAAUCUUUGGGCCAAGGCAUCCAAUGCCUCACUAACCUCCGAAUGCUGAUUAUUAGCAACUGUGAGAAUCUGAAGUCGUUGCCACCCGACAUGAAAUGCUUAACCGCAUUAAAGACUUUGGGUAUAUCCGGUUGCGAGAAGCUCGACUUGAUGACGUCGGGAGCAGGUAUUCGAGGUCUUCGAUCAGUCUCCAUCUCCAAAGCUUCGCACUUGGAGGCUCUUCCCCAUUGGCUUCAAGACUCUGCAAACACACUGCAGAGCUUGCGUGUUAAGAACUGUGAGGAUCUCAAGGAACUUCCAGAGUGGCUGCAAAACUUCAAGUUGCUCCAGCAACUGGUGAUUGAAUAUUGCCCUCAAUUGUUGGCUUUACCACAAGGGAUGCGUCACCUGGGUGCAUUGAGAUUAUUGAAGAUCGACGGGUGUUCUAAACUGAGCGAAAGAUGCGAAAGCAAGGAAGGUGCAGAUUGGCCCAAGAUUGCUCAUGUCAGUAAGAUUACACUUGACGGAGAAAUUAUCGCCUCAAAAGAUGAUUAG